AAGCCCCACUGAUGAUGGAUGAGAGGGAGGAGGAUGCCGAUGAGGAAGCCUGGCUGCAGCUUCGGCCGGUGGAGCCCUUGCCCUCCCAGUGCUGUGGCAGUGGCUGCUCACCUUGUGUUUUUGACCUCUAUCACCGAGAGCUGGCAAGGUGGGAGGCAGCCCGAGCCAGCAAGGACAGGAGCCUGCUCAGUGGGGAGGAGUCACAGAGCUGCCCAUCCAAGCUGAGCCCAGAGACCUUCCUGGCCUUCCGCAUCAGUGCCGUGGACAGACUCACCGAGGACACUUACUGUGUUCGGUUUGCACUACCCAGGAACUGCCAGUUCAGCCUGCGGCCUGGCCAGCACCUCAUCCUACGAGGGAAGGUGGAUGGCUUAGAAAUUCAGAGAGCCUAUACGCCCAUCAGCCCUGCCAACGCAGAAGGAUACUUUGAAGUUUUAAUCAAGUGCUACCCGACUGGGUUGAUGUCCCGGUACGUCAAGUCCUGGGGCACAGGACACACAGCUUUCUGGCGAGGACCUUUCGGCGAUUUCUUCUAUAAAGCAAACCAGUACGGUGAGCUCCUCAUGCUAGCUUCAGGCACUGGCCUGGCCCCCAUGGUGCCCAUCCUGCAGAGCAUAACAGACAAUGCAGAGGACGAGACCUUUGUCACCCUGGUCGGCUGCUUUAAGACCUUUGAGGGCAUCUACCUGAAGACCUUCCUCCAGGAGCAGGCCCGUUUCUGGAACGUCCGAACCUUCUUUGUCCUCAGCCAGGAGAACUCCCUGGAGAAGCUUCCCUGGAGUUACCGAGAGAAGACCUGCUUUGGCCGCCUGGCCCAGGGCCUGAUUGAAGAGCUGGUUGGCUCCUGUCGCAGAAAGCCAUUUGCAUUGGUCUGUGGCUCAGCCGAGUUUACCAAGGACAUGGCCAGGUGCCUGCUGUGCGCAGGCCUGGCCAAGGACUCCUACUACCUCUUCUAG